AGCGCUCUGCCACCUCUGCAGAGGGCGCCGCGCGGGGCGCCCGCGCGGCGGGGCCGCUCGCGCGCCAGCCGCGGCGAUGAGCCAGUCGGACCGACUGCUUCUGGAGGACCUCCCUUCGGGUUGUGCCCCACGCUGCACCAGAAGCUGCUCAGCAAGAUCGUUGACGAUCCUGCAGCGCAGGAGUGCACGAGCAGGACAUCCAGGAUUUCGAGGUCAGCCUGCAGCUGUCCUCGAGGGACGGCCUGCUGCUCCUGCGCGCCGCCUACCCGUUCCUGUCGGAGGUCCUGCAGCACGGCUCCGGCGCGCUGCUGGACCUCGUCUGGCGGGGCCUGCCCGUGCAGAGGUCGGCCGACCCAGGCGCGGGGGUGCUGCAGGUGACGCUGGACACGCAGGCCCGAGCGAGCGCGGGAGGGCGCCGAGGCCGCGAAGCGCCAGUGCGCGCGGCUGCUGGCGGCAACGAGGACGGACCUGGCUGCUGAUCGGGCCCCUGGUGGGGCGGCUUCAGUUUCUCAGAGACGCUGCGCAAAGGGCCCGGCAGGCCGCGGCGACGGCCGCCCCCGGCGACGCGGCCGGCGCGGCGGCGAGGGCGCUGGGGCAGCCGCCGCCGGUGGUCUCGCUGCGGGUGCGGCGGCUGGAGACGUGUUGGACCGAGAUUGUCUCGAAGCCGGACCGCGUGCAGGUUAUCUUGUCCAUCCAUCUCGACGACGAGGUCGACGUCGCCCUGGCGCGGGCGUUCUGCCAGGAGAGUUCGCGGAGGCCAACAGGAACCCGCAGGUCGGGUCCCUGCCGUGCACCUUCAACGAGCCCAAGGACUUCGACACGCCCAUCGACCUGCGAGAGCUGGGGUCGUUCCGGCUGCCGAACGUCGGCUUCAUCGCCUUCACCCUGUCCGACCAAAUCGUGGAGUCCGCGACGGAGGAGACAGGCUCCAUUCCCUGGCCCGUCCGGUGAUGACCUUCCGCAACUUCUUCAAUUUCCACCUGAAGCACGCGAAGAGUUACCUCCACUCGAGGCUGAGGAGAGAAGCGGUUGGACGGCUGGCAGCAGCAGCUCAACAAGGCACGCCGGGCACCGCGCAAGGGGAGAAGGUUCGGCGCAUGGCCUCCGGCCGGGAGUUCCGGCCGCCGCCUCGCGGCGAGGCCGCGCCGCCCUGAGGCCGCGUCGCCGAGGCGGCGCGGGCCCUCUGCGGGCCGCCGCCCGGCGGCAAGGCUCCACUCGAGUCCGAAGAUCGACGAGGCGGCUCGCGCAGACGCGGAGGUCCGGACACGCGUGCGGAGAGCUGACGCGCAGGAGGCCGCACACAAAGCGCCCAGCCUUCAGUUCCACGCGGCGAUCGGGGAAAAGGAUCCUCUGGGAUGUCGGGUUCUGAAGGCAUGCGCGCUACAGCUGGCCACGCCUGUGGCCAUGCUGGCGCGCUGCGUUUUGCAUCGCUGCGAAUGACCCGAAUCGUGGGAGCUCCACUGACCGCGCCCGU